UUUUUCUGAUUCGAAAUCAAUUGAUCCAAGAUGAUGGUCGAUGGAGUCGAGUCGACUUCGUUUCUGUUCAACUUCUCGUAGUUGGUUUUCGCAGUGACUUUGUUUUCAAAAGAGUUUAUGAGUUGAAAAAACCAUGCUAAACCGUUCUCGGGUGCCCUCAGGUUUGAGAAGUGUGCAGCUUGUUCCUGAACAGGAGGAUGCGGCAACUUUGCAACUCGGAGAGGAUUUUUCUAGUGAAAAAGCUCAACCACUUACUAUUAGUGAGGUGGCUAUACUCCUUUCGCGAAAAAGGGAUAUGAUGCGGGACUUGGAAGGCCCCAGAGCUGAAGAAUUUUCAAGCGUUUUCAAGAAGUUCCUGGAAUAUGUCGAACGUUUUGACCGAUAUAAAGGUCUUGAGUCCGCGACGAACGUUCGAAAUCUUUUGCAAAGAUACGAAAGUCUUGAUCCCUUUGAAAUGGCUUGUUUGGCGAAUCUUUGUCCUGCUGAUGCAGAAGAGGCCAAAACUACCAUACCGAGUUUAAAGCAUAAAAUCGACGAUUCUUCGUUGAAUCAGUUGUUACAAGACUUGGCAUCCUUUACUCACUGAUUUUUUUAGCUUUGCAAACUUUGUAUUUAGACCAACUGUUGUCAUGAGUUGGUUUUGAAUGAUUUGCUUUUAAAAGGAAGUUUCUAUUGUAUGCUGCAUAGGCUUGUGAAGGAACCGUCGCUCGUCUAAAUGGCUCGGUAUUAUAGUUCAUAUAUAGGAACGUCUUUAGUAUAAAAUACUUUUGUAGCCUUUAUUAUCGUUGAGGAGAGACAACUCGCAUGAAUGAAAACGAACUUGAGUCUGUCGUCUUCAACCCUUUAUCAUAUAUAAAUAUAUAUAUAUUUAUAGUGGAUUUCUCAAUCUCAGUGUAUUGGACUGCCACUUGGCAAAGCGUGAGGUGAAUUGGUUUGUUGACUUAUAGAUCAGUAA